AUGCGGGCAGCUCUGCCUCGCGUUUUUCAGAGGAACAUGAUAAUUGCAGCAGACACCAUAGGUACAAGGAACUCCACUGGUGUGCCUGACUUCAUCCUCCUGGGGCUGGCGGACUCUGCAGAGGCGCAGCUGCUCCUCUUCCUGCUCUUCCUCCUCAUCUACCUGGUCACGGUGCUGGGGAACGCAGGCAUGAUGCUGCUCAUUCGCCUGGAUGCCCAGCUGCACACCCCCAUGUACUUUUUCCUCACCCACCUGUCCUUUCUCGACCUCAGCUACUCCAGCGUCAUCACCCCUAGAACCUUACAGAACUUACUGGCUUCCAUGGAGCACAUUUCAUUCCUAGGUUGCUUCACCCAGAUGUUCUUUCUUGUCCUCUUGGGAGGCACUGAAUGCUUCCUUCUCUCCUCCAUGGCCAUUGACCGCUAUGUAGCCAUCUGCAGCCCUCUGCACUAUCCGGUCAUUGUGUCCCCAAGACUGUGCCAUUCCCUGGUAAUUGGAUCUUAUAUGUUUGGCUUUAUGGACUCCAUUGCUAAUGCAGUUUACAAGAGAAGUCUGCAUUUCUGUAAUUCCAAUAUCAUCCAUCACUUUUUCUGUGACACACCCCCAGUGUUAGCCCUGUCUUGCAGUGACACAUAUACUGUUGAAAUCAUGAUAUUCAUUUUUGCUGGUUCCACCCUAGUUCUGUCCCUCAUCAUCAUAUCUGGAUCCUAUGUGUCCAUCCUCUCCACUAUCUUGAAAAUUAAUUCUACUGCAGGAAAGCGAAGAGCCUUCUCGACCUGUGCCUCUCACCUCCUGGGAGUCACCAUCUUUUAUGGCACUCUAACCUUUACUUACUUAAAGCCAAAGAAGUCCUACUCCUUGGGAAAGGAUCAGGUGGCCUCUGUGUUUUACACGAUCGUGAUCCCCAUGCUGAACCCUCUCAUCUACAGCCUCAGAAACAAAGAGGUGAAACAUGCUGUCCUUAGAGUCCUGCAGAAGAGAAAGGCUCCAGACAGUUAA